CAUCCAGCCUGGGGGUCUGCUGCAAGAGCUGCCUGUCAUCAUGUGGCGCACCGACGAUGAACAACCGAUCAAUUUCAUCGGAGAUCGGUACAGGAGCCAACUGCCCAACGGUUCGCUGUACAUAAGCUCGGCCAACGAGGAGUCCGUGGGCAGCUACCAAUGCCUCGCCACCAUCGAAAACGUCGGCUCCAUCGCCUCCAGGACCGCUGUCGUUAAAAUUGCCAGUCUGCCGGGCUUUGAUCGCGAGCCCCAAGACACGAUGGUCUACCCCGGCCAAAUAGCCUAUCUGGGCUGUAAAUUGGCGACGAGCGACCGGGUGGACGUGCAGUGGCUCAAGGACGAGCAGCCGCUUCUGCUCGACGAGAGCCGGAUGACGAUCAUGCCGUCAGGAGCUCUGGAAAUCGACGAGGUGCUCUCGCAAGACGUCGGCUCGUACAGGUGCAACGCAAGCGGAUACGGGCAAUUCAGGCUCAGCAACAAAGCACAGCUAACCCUUCAGACCAGCGACAUCGAGGAGGGCGAGAGCGCGCCAGUCUUCGUGGCGAAGCCCUUCAGUCGGGUGGUCGCUGUGGAAAAGUCGACGGUGACGCUGGAGUGCGCCGCAAACGGGAACCCGAAACCCGACGUCUACUGGCUAAAGGACGGCACCUCGAUCGACCUCGCCGCUCUGGACACGAGGUAUCAAACGGUCGCGGCGUCCAGUCUGAUGAUCAAAGACGUCGCGGAGGAGGACACGGGCUCGUACCAGUGCCGCGCCAAGAACGACGUCGACACCCUCGACGAGGUGGCCGAGGUCGUCGUCCAAGUACCGCCGAGGUUCGUCAAAAGGCCCCAGGACAGAGAGGCGAGCGAGCGCCAGGACCUCGAGUUCGAGUGCGAGAUCUACGGCAAGCCACCGCCUACGGUCCAUUGGCUCAAGAACGGCGAGCGGAUCAAGCUCAGCACUUACUGGCAACUCACGAACGGAUACAAUCUCAGGAUAAACGGCCUGCUCAGCAUAGACGCGGGCAUCUUCCAGUGCAUGGGCACCAAUCCGGCCGGUAGCGUGCAGGCAUCGGCUCGGCUCGCCAUUCAUCAACCGAUGAAGGGCCCGUCGUCGGUGGUGUCGAAAAAAAAGCUGCCCCACCGGUUGCUGUCCAACAGCACGUGGCAGCACCCGAGCACCCUCUUGGGCCACACCUCGUCCGCGUACACGCCCAACCCGGCCCUCUCGGUCAACCCGUCCGACGACCCGGCCGACUUGCUCAACAGUCCCUUCGGCCAGCAGUUGCCGGUCGCCAAUUUUCCCUUCGAGCCUCCCUACGAUCCCACCGUUGCAGCCGACAACUUCGACCCCCUGAGCUUCGGCGAGGCCGCCGCCCCACCCUCGGCGCCCAGGAACCUCAGCAGCGAGCUCGUCAACAGCCGGUUCGUCGUCCUCAAGUGGCAGGAACCCGAUCUCCCCAACGCCGAGAUCGCCAACUACCUCAUCUACUACAAGCAGGAGGGAUUCGAGAGGGAGAGGAUCGAGCGAACUCCCCACAAGGAGACAACGGUCACCAUAAGCGGACUCCAGCCCGGGACGAGUUACCAGUUUCGGGCAGUGGCCAACGUUAGCAACGUCUUCAGUGCCUCGAGCAAGGUGUUGCAACUUACCACAGAGUCAGAGCCCAACGUGCCGAGCCAGCCUCUGAACCUCAAGGGUUGGGCGACGAGCAGCAAGAGCGUGGCCCUCACGUGGGAGGAGCCGACCGUGAUUAAUGGCCGGAUCACCAGUUACCUCAUCACUUACGCCGAGGGCGACAACGAGGAGGUCAAGAGGAACACGACCAACACGGCUUACGAGCUGAUGGACCUCGCGCCCUACCAGGAAUACAAUAUCUGGGUUCAGGCGGUCAACGACAACGGACCGGGCGCCUCGACCGGCGAGAUCCGAGUUAGGACCUACAGCGCCCCGCCAUCCAGUCCGCCCAACGUCACCGUCGAAGCGGCCAGCUCGACCAGCGUCAUCAUAAGGUGGGAGCCACCGGCGGAGGGACAAAACGGCAUAAUAACCGGGUACAAGAUAAGGUACCGGCCGGCCGACCGGCGUUCGCCCACCGCCGUCGAGGUGACGGAGGGCAACCAGCGGAUGCACGUGCUCAGCCGGCUGGAGAAGAAUGUGAGCUACCAGGUGCGAGUCUGCGCGUUCAACGUCAACGGGACCGGGCCUUGCUCCGAGUGGCAGGACAUCGAGACCUACGAGAACGUUUUGUCCGAGAGUGACGUGCCCAACGUGCCGACUAAUCUCAAAACCAAGGCAAUGUCGGAUUCUAUACUGGUUUGGUGGGGACCUCCAAAGGAUCAGACCAUCAAGGUUAGGGGGUACGUCCUCACUUGGGGAAAGGGCGUGCCCGACGAGUACAAGAAAGUCUUGGACGGCAAGCAGCGCUUCUACACUAUUGAGAAUCUCAAGCCAAAUUCCGAAUACGUGAUAACGCUGAGAGCGAAAAACGAAGCUGGCGAGGGAACGCCGGCGUACGAGAAUGUGAAGACGAUCGAGAGGUCGACACCCGAAAGUGCCGCGCCUCUGACGCCUCCGGUCGGCCUUAAGGCCAUCGUUAUGUCGCACAGCACGGUCGUACUCUACUGGACCGACAUGACGCUUUCGAAAAAUCAGUACAUCACGGAUAACCGUCACUACGUCGUGCGGUACACGUCUUAUCACCGAAGUAACAAUCCACGGUACAAGUAUUACAACGCGACGGACUUGAAUUGCAUGAUCCACGAUCUUAAACCAAACACGGAGUACGAAUUCACCGUAAAAGUUGUCAAGGGUCGACGAGAGUCGCCGUGGAGUAUGGUUGUCCUGAAUAAGACAACCGAGGUGAAACCAGCUUCGUCGCCGCGUGAUUUGACCGUAGUCAACAUCGAGGACUAUCCGAGAUCGGUUUUGCUGCGUUGGUUGCCGCCAAAACAAUCCAACGGAGAUAUCAAUGGGUACAUCAUUUCUUACACGACGGACAAUACGAAAAACGACCGGGACUGGAAGGCCGAGGCUGUGGUCGGCGAUAAAACCGAGUACGUGUUGUCAACCGAGCUUCAGCCUAGCACGACGUAUUACUUCAAGAUUCAAGCUCGAAACACCAAGGGCUACGGACCAUUUUCCACCACAGUGUCUUUUAAGACUCUGGAAGGUAACCGAGGAUUGUCCAAUAUGCUGAUCUACAUCAUAAUCGGGUGCUCCGUGUUGUUCAUCACCGGCGUGUCUGUUGUUGUUGUUCUUCUUUGUUGCCGACAAAGUCCAAGUUCACCCGAUGGAAAGAAAGGGUACCUCAAAGAUACAAACAUCAAAACCAACAUUAAGCCUCCCGAUCUAUGGAUUCAUCACGAUCAAAUGGAAUUGAAAGCGUUGGAGAAAAAUAUUGGAAACGGCGAAGCAUCGACUAGCGUCACGAGCAAUACUCUACCGCGAUCGGGCAAUACCGAUUACAACAACCAAGACAAUUCGAUUCACGGCAAUUCCAGCUCGUUGGACAAGCGUACUUAUAUUCCAAGUUACAUGGGCACUGAAGAAAAAUGUUCUACAUUGAGUAGACAACACAGUCGGGGCAGCCACAAAUCUAAACUCAUUACACUUCCAGUUGACAGUGCACCUUUACACCAGCCAAUAGCCACAGCUACGCCAAUCGUCAACAGCAGCAUGUCCCAGCAGACCAUCCACAGUUCGUGCUCAGACGUGCCGUCUAUAAGGCAAAAUUAUCCACGAACGGUGGCCCAAUACAGCCUGAGCCGAGCCCACAUAACUUUGGAACCCACCCCAGAAUCCAGCCCAGACUCCUGUAAUUUAACCAACUCGUACGAGCCGCUUCAAACGCAGUUGUACAGUUCAGGAGGGCCACAGUCGUACAACGCGACUUCGCAGUACACUUCAAGCGGCUACGGGGAUAGCGGCCAGUCGGGAACUAGCUGCACCGGAGGUUCCGAAACCAACAGUGCCAAACGGCUGCAGGGGCACCCUCUGAAGAGUUUCAGCGUACCUGCCCCACCUCCACAGUCGGCGCCAUCGACGCCCGCUCAACAGAAACACGGAGUUUCUCAAGUUACUGUUAGACCAACGAUAUCGGGAAGUCCUUACAAAAAGGUCGCUGGUUCAAGUCAAUUAAUCAAAAACAGACUGGCUUCAGUGUCGAGUACCAACCACACUCCAGAAGAAAUAGAACGGUUAAAGCCGUCAUAUAGCACAGAAGAGUUGAAUCAGGAGAUGGCGAAUCUUGAAGGACUCAUGAAAGACCUGAAUGCCAUAACUGCAUCCGAGUUUGAAUGCUAAGAGUGAAUCCUAUUAAACAAAAAAAAAUAUAAGCACGUGCCAUCCCCGUUAUUCGGAUAGACUGCAUACACACGACCAUGCUAUCGUUUGCUUUUUUAAAGAAAAAGAGAAAACUACCCCGUUAAAGACGGUAUGCAUAUACGACAAGAGGACGAAAGAGAAAGAGAGAGAGCGAAGACGACUCGACGGCUGUUGUUUUGCUUUAUGGUUUUUACAGUAUCCUGCACGACGUGAAACAAUGUUUCCUCGCUCGAAAAUCCACGUUUCCUCGCACUUUCUUAUGCAGCGUGCUGGCAUGAUACUCGCAAGCAUUGACAUGUUAAACUAAGUGGACUUGCCAUCAAAAUCAAAUAGCUUUGGAUAAGCUAGACUUAAUGUAUACAAUACGCAUACGAAAGACUUGAGUGCUACGUUUGUUGGGUUUUUUUUUUUCUUUUUUUUUUUAAGAAAAAGUAUUUUUUAACGCUAAUGUAAUCUUCUUGCAGCUGAGUGGGAGUGCGCACUGAGGUGAGCCCAGAUGUGUUUGUGCAUUUUUGUCUCUUCACAGCUUUAACGGUUCGCGUUGACAUUGUGACUAAGAAUCAUAUUCAAACAUCUCCUCUAUGGCUACAAAUGCCAGGCCACGUUUUUGUGCAUGACUAUGUAAAAGAACGACAUUUUAAUCAAAAGUUAUUGCGUGCGAACACUGUAUUGUGCUAAUCGGACAUCCUUUAUGAGUUAUUGCAUGUAUCGACAUCGCAUCGAUAACUUUGUGAACCACAAGACUUGAUUCUACAAAAGCUACAAGCUGCCAUAUUUAAAAUACUACGAGGUAUGUCACCUUCAUUUGAAGACAACAAGAAGAGAUUUAUCCUUUCUAGCAAUGAUUACGAACUAAUUGUUAGUUUUACUGUGACUGUUCUUUUAUUUCUUACAAAUAAAAGUCAGAAAAAGAUAUGCGGAACGACAAAUGUAAGCUAUAAAAUGAAACUUGUAAAAGAGAAGCACAAAAAACAAUUUUUAACACGUCUUACAAAUAACGUUAAUCUGCUUUGCUUUUCUUAAAAAA